GUAAGCGUGGUUGAUUUUCACUUUCAACCUGAAAAAAUACACUUGUUUUUAAAACGGUUAGUGAGUUUUUGCUUUUUUGAAAAGAGUAUGUAUGUAAAAGGGUAUGGAGUAGAAGAUUCAUAUGUUUUUAUGCAGAAUGAUUUUAUAAAAAUAACAAACCUUUAACUCUUUUUCAAGGAUAGUAUACAUUCAAGAUUUACAUUAUUAUUUUAGUAAGUAAUCUUAUCUUCCUUAAACGAAGUUUGCGAUCAUUUUUAAAUCAAUUAAAUAAGUGACAAAAUUACACGUAAUUAGGCAAAAGUAAGUCCAAAAGUAAGAAAAUUAUUAUCUGGAAUGACCAGGGGCGUAAGGAUCUCAAAUGGUGGAAUCCCUAGGAUGCAGAAUGAAAAUCAGCAAUCUCCAGAGAUAAUUCAUACUCGUCAAAAGAGGCAAAAACCACAUUCCAAGUCAUUAAGACAGCCAUUGCAGUCAACACAAGUAUCCAACCAGUAUGUGAGCUCCACAAGUUUGAGGUACAGGAGUGGCCACAAGUCUGAAGAGGAUUUCGGUGCGUUGAUGCAGCGGGAUUAUAAGGCCGAGAAGCAUCACACCGAUCGCCAGGCCCUCGCCGAUAUAAUCCUGAUGCAGGCUCGACGCAUCGAGAAACAGCAGCGGGAACUGCGUCGAAUAAAGGCCCACUAUGAGUGCCAGGUGUCCACCAUCAAGAACAAUGCCAUCAUGCUGGAGUCCCAUCUGCAGAAAGUCCUGGCCAGUGUCCACCAUCGGGAUCGGGCAAGGCGGAUCGGCCACCACUACCAGGACAUGUGCGGUGCGGUGGAGAAUUUGGCUAAUUGCGGCAUUAAUAUAAAGCCGCAGUCCGUGGCCAACCAUCUGCUGAUCAAGUAUCUCAACUCGCACCCGGCCAGAAGCACUAAUGAAAAUAUAAGCACCUACAGGAAUAUGUUGUGAAUUGUAUUCUUGUGUGUAGCCUAUCUUUCCAUUAGUUCUUCUAAGAGUGCUUUGUUUAUAUCAAUAAAAUACCCAUUUAAAAUCUUAA